UUAAUGGUGAAGUCAUUUAGAUCUUGCAGCUUAGAGAAGCUUCUUUUUGCUGUCUUCUUUCUCCCUCUACCUCGGUAAGGAUUUUCUAGAACAAAAGCCAUAGAUGAAUUUUACAGGUGGAAAGAACAACACAAGAAGCGCACAAUGAGAGCUCAUCAUCAUCUUCGCAUGAAUUUGUUUCUUCUUGUUGUGUCGUCGUUGGUGGUCGUAGAGUCCACCGGAGCUCAGAUCACAGUUCAGAGUUCCAACGGCGAAGAAAAACAUAGAAGAAGAGUUUUGCAUCAGCCGCUGCUUCCGGCGGUGGCGCCGCAAGGCUCCGACUUCUUUCCGCCGGAAAGUCCCGCGUUAUCUACCCCAGACCCGCCGUUCUUCCCGGAAAAGCCUAAUCAGAGCCCACAGCAGCCGUCGGCGUCGGUUCAGCCCAACCAUUCAUCGGUGUCGUCGAACCCGGUUUUGCCGCAGCAAUCCCGGCCGGUAAAGAAAGUGGCCAUUGCGAUUUCGGUCGGGAUUGUCACGCUGGGAAUGUUUUCUGCGUUGGCGUUUUACAUCUACAAGCACCGCCUGAAACACCCGGACGAAACCCAGAAGCUGGUGGGCGGCAGUUCUCGGAGAAUCAACGAGGAAUCAGGAAUGCCGCCGCCGUCGACUUUUCUGUACAUUGGAACGGUGGAGCCGCGUCCUCCGGUAAGUGACAACAACUGGGCAAACCGGUCGCCUUACCGGAAGUUAAAAUCCGAUCGGUAUAGGCCGAGCCCUGACCUGCAGCCACUCCCGCCGUUGAGCAAGCCGCAGCCGCCGCCCGAUAUAAAUUCCCCGCCGGCGAUGACGUCCUCCGACGAAGAGAGCCAGGACACUGCGUUCUACACGCUGCAAGGCUCAUCUGUCAGCAAUGAAGAAGGCUUCUAUACUCCCAUUUCCCAGCAGACUAAAAGGAGAACUUCUCCAAGAUCACGCCUUUCCGCUUCAUCGCCGGAUGUACGGCCGGCAAUCAUACCGCCGAUUAAGAAACCGCCGGAUCCUCCACGGCCGUUGCAGCCGCUUCCACAGGAGCCGCCGGUGCGCAAUGACAGACCGGCAAUACCUUUCAUUUUCGUCCCCAAAACGGCGAAAUUCUCAUCCCCACUGUUAACCAGCCAACCCAAACAAAUGUCAAGAAUUCCAUCUCCCCCUCCUCCUCCUCCUCCUCCUCCUCCUCCGCCGCCGCCGCCGCCACCACUGUCGCUGACACGGAAAUUGGGUGGUUCCCAAACAAAUCUCCCGCCAUUGGCUAGCCAUCAAACGGAAAAGCAGGAUUCAAGAACUCCCAGUCCCAAAACAACCCCGCAGAGCGAAAAGAAAAGCGGCUCCGGGCAGACAGACAGAAGUACAGCCUCGUCGGAAAGAUGUGAUUCCGAUGAAAUGGAUGGAUCAAAACCCAAGCUGAAACCAUUGCACUGGGACAAAGUACAAGCACCAUCUGAUCGAGCCACAGUCUGGGACCAGCUAAAACCAAGCUCCUUCCAAGUGAAUGAGGAUAUGAUGGAGUCACUUUUUGGAUGCAAUUCUGCAAAUUCAGCUCCCAAAGAAGUCACCAGGAAAUCAGCACUGCCUCCAGUUGAGCAGGAGCAUAGAAUACUGGACCCAAAGAAGUCACAAAACAUAGCUAUACUGUUGAGAGCUCAAAAUGUAACAAAAGAAGAGGUUUCUGAAGCACUUCUAGAUGGAAAUCCAGAAGGGCUGGGUCCUGAGCUUCUGGAGACUUUGGUGAAGAUGGCUCCAACAAAGGAGGAAGAAAUAAAGCUCAGAGCCUACAAAAAUGACACCUCAAAGUUAGGAUCUGCAGAGGGGUUCCUGAAAGCAGUUCUUGAUGUACCAUUUGCCUUCAAAAGAGUGGAAGCAAUGUUGUACCAAGCUAAUUUUGAUUCAGAAGUGAACUACUUGAGGAAUUCCUUCCAAACCCUUGAGAAUGCGAGCAAAGAAUUGAAGAACAGUCGAUUGUUCCUCAAACUCUUGGAAGCGGUGCUAAGGACAGGAAACCGGAUGAAUGUUGGCACGAGCCGCGGUGAUGCCAAAGCGUUCAAACUAGAGACUCUCUUGAAAUUGGUGGACAUAAAAGGAACAGAUGGGAAGACAACUUUGCUCCAUUUUGUGGUCCAAGAGAUUAUUAGGUCAGAAGGAACGGGUUCCGGUCCUAUCAAUGAAAACAGAACAAAUACGAGAAUCAAAGAUGACGAUCUCAAGAGGAAAGAGCUGCAGGUUGUUGCAGGCUUAAGCCGGGAGCUUGGCAACGUGAAAAAAGCAGCAGGGAUGGACUCAGACGUCCUACAUAGUUACGUGUCUAGGCUCGAAACGGGACUAGAAAACGUUAGGUUGGUUUUGCAGUUUGAGAAACAAGGCAUGGAGGGAAAAUUCUUCGACUCAAUCAAACUGUUCCUUAAAGAAUCCGAGGAAGACAUGUUUAGGAUUAAAGGUGAGGAGAAAAAGGCCUUAUCCAUGGUGAAGGAAGUGACAGAAUAUUUCCAUGGCAAUGCUGCAUCAGAGGAACCCCACCCUCUCAGAAUCUUCAUAAUCGUAAGGGAUUUCUUAUCCAUACUGGAUAAUGUCUGCAAAGAUGUUGGGAGGAUGCAUGACAGAACAGUGAUUGGCUCUGCAAGACCAUUUAGAACCCCAACAGCUACAUCACUGCCAGUUUUCAGCAAAUAUAAUGUUCAACAACAUAAUUGAAGCUCGGGGCAAGUAUAUCGAUGAAAUCACAUGUAAAUGGUGCAUAAAACAAUCCUUACAUGGAUGCUUGAUGACAGCAAUUUCUGCAGGAGCAGGAUGGCAAAUUCAAGAAUUUUUCGGGUAAAAUUUCGUGCUAGUGAACAAGGAAAGAAAGUCCCAUGCUUUGAAUCAGCCUGCUCCAGCACCAACAUGAAAUAACAUGUUGGAAACUGUAAAGAUUUGCGAGUCCAGAGAGAUCAAAUAGCAUAGGAAAACAAGAACAAGAUGCAGCAUCCUUGGAUUAAAUGUUGAACAUAUUUAAACACAGACAUGCACAGUGAACAAAUCCCAGUGAAAGAGACUUUUUUUUUUUUUUUUUUUCUCUACAAUCAAACCUAGGUAGCACAAUCUAUUUCACUUGUAUACAUAGUAGAAACAAAAAUGGCACAAUACUAGGCAUCAUAAGACUAUAACAUUAAUUUGUUUUUGCAAGAUUAAGAAAUUCUUUCUUCUCCUUAUAUUU